CAUAGCAUAGCAUAAAAUGCGGAGGACAGAAUAUUAUAAAUAUUUACAACAUAUGCACUUUCGUUAAACGAUAUCAAACCCGUUACAUUACCACCACACCACCACCUAUAUACAUUUCCAGAAGAGACAUACAUACAUGUGUAUAUAUACGCAUAUAUAUUGUAUAAAUCGGUGAAGGAACGACGACAACCUCCUUUGCCUCUUUGGAUUUUUAAAUUUUUUUCCAUUUUUUUCCCCUUGAUGGCCAAACCGGAAAACAACGAGAACUUUCCCGAGAAACAAACAUGGGGCACGUGGGAGGAGCUCCUCCUUGCCUGCGCCGUUCACCGCUUCGGCACCGAUUCCUGGGACUCCGUCGCCGUCGAGCUUCGCAAACGCACUCCCUCCCUCCGCUCCGUCACCGCCGCCUCCUGCCGCCUCAAGUACCUCGACCUCAAGCGUCGCUUCUCCCGGAAACCCUCCGCCGCCGAAGACGACACCGCCACCGAGAUCCCCGCCGUUCCUUGGCUCGAUGAGCUCAGGAAGCUCCGAGUCGCCGAGCUCCGCCGCGAAGUCGAACGUUACGAUCUCUCCAUCUCGUCCUUGCAAUUGAAGGUGAAGAGAUUGGAGGAAGAGAGAGAACGGAGCAUAAAAGAGGACGAGACGGAAACGGAAAACUCAGAUCUAGAUAAAAUCGCGGAGAAGAAAGAGAGUUACCGUGAUUCCGAUGAAAACUCCGGCAAACCGGCCGUCGGACCAGCGAAUCAGUCGGUGAACGAAUCGAAUUCCCCAGAUCCAAAGGGUGACGAGCCCGGAACCGGUUCGGAGGACGAUAACCGGGAAGAGAAAGUUACCAAACCGGAUACCGGAGAACCGAACCGGUCCGCCGGCGACGGGAAACCAGCCGGCGAGGAUUCGUGCAGAGGGAGCUGCGAGAGCGGGGCGAAGGAAUCAGCGGGGAACUCGGGGAGGAUUGACCCGGGGAGAGAGGCGGGUGACUCGGGCGAGUUGAUCGAGUCAGUGGCCGAGUCGAAGGGUGGAGCGAGCCGUGGGGAAGAGGAAGCGAAGGAGACGAGUGAUGUGCAGAGCUCGGCGAGCUUGCCGAGAAAGGACGAAGCGGAUAACGAGGAGGAUCAAUCUCCGACCGUCAAAGGGAUCCCCUUUGAAUCCCAGCCAUUGGCUGAUUUCCUCGAGAUCCUCCAGUCUCAAUCCUCUGGCUCCCACUUUUCGCGGCGGCUCCAGAGCCAGGAAACACCGGAGUACGGGAAGAUAAUUCGGCAACACGUCGACUUUGAGAUGAUACGGACUCGUCUUGAAGAGGGUUGGUACGCAGUUUCCACAGGAAAGUUCUUCCGUGAUUUGCUGCUUCUUAUCAAUAACGUGAGAGUCUUUUACGGGAAGGGAUCCUCCGAGUUUAAGGCUUCCGAACAGCUUAAUGAACUCGUUAGGGAACAGAUGGCUCUCAAGGUGCAGAAACCAACCUCACAGCCGAAAGAGGAAUCCUCAAUGGUUCCAAAAGCGGUUCCCGAAUCUUCACAUCCAUUGUCUUUAAAGCCUAGGAUGUCUGUCCCUAUGAUUGCUUGUCGGAAACGGAGUUCGUUGGCUGCUAGAUCUUCGGCGCCAGUCCAGAAAAAGCUGAAAAUGACUCCAGUGGUUGAUGAGAAGCCAGCUACAGACAUGGAAGAUGAAGAAAAAACCUCUGACAAAGAUGAGGAGCCUCUUAUUUCAAAGAAGAGGAUGACAAGGGAAAGAACUUCUUCGAAUACUAAAAGGGCGGCGAACAAAAAUGUAAAGAACCGUAGUAAGAUUGAUACUACUUCGAAUGUUGGUCUCCCAACCAAAGGCCGAUCUCCUAAUGAUAGCUCUGAGCCCAAGAAAAGUGAUCAAGAAAAGAAGGGUAACACAAGUGCUAGCUCGAAGAAGCAAAGUGUGGCCACUUUCCUUAAGAGAAUGAAAGGGGGCUCUUCUUCUGAUACUACACCUGAGACUGGGAAGACAAACUCUGGUGCUGAUUCUUCUAAUUUAAAAAGAGGAGCUGAGCAGAGGAAGAACAACAGUAACAAAGACAAAGCUGAUGCAGGAAAAACCCAGACUUCCCAGAAACGAACAUCUGGGAAGAAACAAACGAACGAGAAGGGAAGUCCUGCGAAGAAAAGCAGUGGUCGUGCACCCAAGAGAGCGGCUGCUGCUUCGUCUUCUCCUUCGCCGGCUAAACGAGGCAAGGAAGUCGCUGAAAAGGAGGCAGGUCCUUCCACUCGAGCAAAGAAGCGUACAAGGAGGUGAUGCCAUCGUUGUUUGCUUAAUGCUUGACUACCGCUGCCGAGUGCCGAGUACUGGGUUUAGCUAAUGGGAUUUGCAAAUGAAACGUAUAAUUGAAGUUCUGGGAUUGAUUGACACUAUGAGGCUGCACAUUGAUCAAGAGUAUCUCAAACAUUUUUACUAUCUGCAAUUAUUCCAGCCAAGAACAUAAAAAGAUUUUGUGUUAUAUUGUGCCAAGAAUGGAAUAUAGCAGCAGACAAGCACAUAUGACCUUUCUGUCUGAAAUUGGGAUUAUCCUCAUGCUAUGAUCAUCUCAACAUCGGUUUAUCAACUGUUGUUACUCAAGUCUCCUUCACUUUGGUCUGGUUUUCCAGCCACUGCUGUAUCCCUGUGCGGCUCUGUCUGCUCCCCACCUGGUAUAUUGGAAACCAAUGAAGAAAGGUAGAUGAAGAAGCGCAGAUAAAGUGUGGCGGCAAUCAAAACUCCAAAGAUCAUUUGCUGCUGGACAUAUUUCUUCACCUUUGUCCUUGGGAGAUGAAUCGGCUAUCUUUUCUAUGGCAUCCUUAUGUAUAUCUUCGUCGCCCUGCAUCAGAUUUCAUGUGUCAACUUUCGGAUUUACUAGUGUGAGAGAGUACAAAGCCUAAGUCAAAGAGCUCUGGAGAUUUCACCUUCAGGGUUUCCUUUCCCUUCUCGAGUUCAGUUGGAGCUUUGCUGGUAACUUUACUCACCUAUUCAAAAGCUUAUGGAAAAUUUGGUCACUGCAUUUUAAAAUUCAUAAUGCAAAUCUGUUUGAUCACUUGCCAAAUACUUACCUCCUUGAGUGGCUCCUUACUGGCUGUAUACUUUGAUGGAAGAGGUGGUAUUUUGAAGCAGUGAUCAUCAGACCUUUCUCGUGUAGUGGUACUGGUUUCUCGCAAUAAGGUUUGGCCUGGUGCUAGAGCGCACGCUUCUUCAGAAAUCCCCGGAUCUUCACCUUCCCAUAGGAUAUCUUCAGCUGGAAUCUGCAAUCAGUUCAAGAUUCGGGGUUUGGCUUCGAAAAAACGAUGAAGAGUCGGAAAACUAUGGGGAGAUUAAAAAAAAGUCUGGUCUUACACAUCUGAGAUCAACCCAGCUACAUGGGUCUUCCAUUGUAUCUGUGUCCGACUGUAGCUGAUACUGUCCCUGGAAAAAGGGAAAGCGAUUUUUUCUUGGAAUGGCUGAACCCCGAAAGAAACGCAAGAAACCAGACGGCUGAAUGGACCUGGAUAUGUACCUGAUAUGUGUCGUAUGCUGCAAUAGUGAACUGAAUAUAGUCUUCAUCUCCGGGCAGUCUUAUAUGAAUGACUCUUCCGACGAGAGACUCAGGAGAAAUUCUGCUGCAGCGUUCAGAAGAUGAAGCACCAGCAGAGGAUGUCACUGCAUUUUCUUUAUGCUUAUCUCUAGAGGUCUUGGGCUCUUCUUGCUAAGUAGACAAAAGGACAGGACACGAAUAAAAUCAAACCCAAAAGAGGAAUCCAGAUUUUAUCGGCCGGCUUCUCUUCCAUUGUUAUGAAAGUAGAGGGUCGGACAUACUGAUUCGGGUGUCUGUGGUAAUUGUUUCUUCAGUUUUAUACGGAGAGGCGGCAAUUUCUCUUUUGGGCGAGGAGGUUCCUCCUCUUCCUCGUCCUCAUCCUCGUCUUCGUCCUCGUCCUCGUCCUCGUCUUCGUCCUCGUCCUCGUCCUCUUCCUCUUCCUCUUCCGCCUCCGAGGAAUAUGUCCUGAGAAACCAAGCUCGAAGCAAAGGUUAAUCCCGAAGAAAUUUCCCGUGAAACAGAGCAAUUCAGUAUGGUAAUCCUUGCCUGGAUAACAGAUUAAGCCACAAUCCAAUUCAAUGAAAGCAAACAUGGGGAGAUCUAAAACGGAGAAGCUCGAAGAAGAAGCGAGGAAGAUUGCGUGUGUUACACCGGAAAUUUCUACGCUUUCUGCCACAAAGACUCGAAGAACGCUGAAUAACUGGUCUCUUCUUGAACGGGAGGCUCGACUCUGGAUCGUUGAAACAGAUUCAAGAACACGGGAGAAAGUGAAAAAGCGCCGAAUCAUUCAACAUUUUCAUCUACUGGGGAAACACACAGAUGAACGGGGGAAAACCUCGAGAUCAUAAACCCUAGCUCCUUAGUGUAUUCGCAAUGCAAAACUGGGAAAACCCCGAAUGCGGAUUCGAAAUCAAGAUUGCGAAUAUGGGUAUGAACGUACCGGGUGUAGGAUCAGGGGCAGGAUCUUCCCGCUCUGCCAUGGCUGAAUUCGAAAUCAGACGAACCAGCGAACCUGUUUCUUCUCGCUGAUGUUUGCGUUCCAAGAAAAUGGAAAGAAAUGUGGCGCCAACAAAUUUGCAGGUUUAAAUCGAAAGCGUCGGUGCAUUGAGAAGGGAAAAAGGGUUUAAAAUUUGUAUGACUUGCUAUAGAAGUUAGGGUUUUCUCUUUUGCCUACUCACCAAGAAACUAUGAAGGUAACAUACGAAGGUCUGACGUGUCAAUCAUCAAUUGGAUAAUGGGAAAAGCUCACUCCAUGAUUUAUCUAUACAUGUAACUAUACACUUAAAAAUUAUUGGUUAAGAAAAUCUUAUUUUGAGUC